CGAAAAAUCCAAGAUGGUGAUAUGUAGUAAAAGUUUGUUUUGCUAAGUGUGAAUAUAUCGAAUUUAUUUGCCGCCUCAUUUCAUUAAAUGCAUCCAUAUUUUAUCAGCAUUCCACUAUAUAUUGCAAUUGUAAAGCGAUUAACGUAAAUGCUGAAAAGCGACAGAUAAAUAACAAAGUGAAACAAAGGCAGUAAUAAAACUGAUUUUAACAAAAAAAGAGUUUUAUUUUUAAAACGUGUGUCUGUGAAUUCGGUUUUUGUAUUUCAAGUGCGAAGAUGUCUGAUGAAGGAACGACAACAGAUAAUGAUAAUGUUACGGAAAAAGAAGUAGCAAAUGAAAGUGAAAGUGUUGCACAGAAUGAAAAUGACAUAGAAAACCAAAAUGUCAUAGAGAACGAAAAUGAUAUAGCAACGACUGAGAACGAAGAUGAUACGUCCACAACGACGGAAAAUGGAAAUGUCACAAAAUCAGCGGAUGGAAAUGGUGACGAUGUUGAAAAUGAGCAAUCCCAAGAAUCGGAGAGCACAGAGAUAAAGGAAUCGGUUGAAAAUAAUGAACAACCACCCGAUUUAUUCGAUUCGUUAAAAGAUACAGUCGAUGGAACGGGUGAUACUGUUGCCACUGCUGAAGAGCCCAUGGAAGUGGACGAAGUUAGCAAUGAGUCAGAAAAUGAAACACAAGAAAAACAAACAGAAACAACAACGAUAAAUAGUAAUGCACCGGAUGAAGCCACACAAAACGAUGAAAGCAGUGAAAGUAAUGAGCACAGUGCGCACGAUGAAAAUGAUGCAAACAGUGCUAACGAACAAAAUCAGAAACCAGAUGAACCCACUGAAAUGGAAGUCGACUGUGAAACACCGCAAGGUGAAGACGUUCCAGAUUUCACCAAAAAACAAGACGACUCAGUCAUGGAACACAAUUUGGAGGAAUUCAAUUGCAGUAGUUUAAGUGAUACAGUGCAAAAAGAUCAAACCAUAUCAGAUGAUCCGUUCGAUUCAUUGCUGAAAGGUAACGAUACAAAUGCCAAUGAAUCAACACAAAAUGAUACAAAUAUGAGUACAACAAGCAGUAUGAAUGAUGGAUCAAAUGAUCAAAAUGAUGAACAGCAUGAUGGAUCGGAUGAUCAGAAUGAUGUCGACGAUAAUGUCGAUGAUGCUGAUGAUCAUAAUGAUGCCGAUGAACCAGCUGGAAGUGACCGUGAAGAUGAUGAUCGUGACACCAGUUCACAUCAUGAUGGUUCGACCAUCGAAGCUGUCGAUGAUAUCGAGGAAGGAAAAGGAGCCGAUGAAGAGCUCUGUUUGUUACCAGAUGAAGAACGCGAGAUCUCCGAUGCAGACAAAGAACGAGCAUUACAAAAUCAACAGCAAGAAGAUGAUCAUGAUGAUCAAGAAAAUGAAGCUGGCGAAGGCACUUUGGAAGGAAUCGAAGAAAAUGGUGAAAAAGAGCCAACCGAAGGUCAAACCGAAGGUCAAACCGAAGAUCAAGAAAGUGAAACUGCUCAAGAAAGUAGUGAACAAACUCAAACUGAUAUGUCAACCAUUCCAUUUACACCAAGUGUGGAUGAAAUUAAAGAAAUCGAUGCUGAUUUAUGUCAAGAAAAUAUGUGUAUGGAAUGUGGUCAAACAAUUAAAUGCAAAUAUGCAUUAUUAAAAGAAAUAACACCGGCCGAAGGCGAUACUGAAACUUUGGUGAGGUCGGAAAUUCAAUAUCUAUGCGAUACGGGUUGUGUUACAAAAUUCAAUGGUGCCAAUGCAAAGUACAAAGUGGUGGUUAAAAAGGUACCAGUUCACUAUGCAAUGGACAUUGAACAAAAUUGUGAAUCAUGCGAACAAACAAAAACGUGCCGAUAUCGUUACAAAGAAACCACCGAUGCCGAUACAUUCAAUUACAUUUGUGAUGAUGAUUGUUUGAAUAAUUUCACGACAGCCAAUCCCGAUAAGUUUACCAUAGCCAAGAAACGAUUUAUCAUCGAAGAAGCAAGCGGUGACGAUUUGGAAGCGGAAAAUAAAUGCUUACAAUGUUUUGAAGAGACAAAAUGCAAGUAUACAUUCAAAGAGGAUGAAAAAUCGUUUUACUUGUGCAACGAACCUUGUUUGAAUUUAUUGAUGGCAGAACAACCAGAUCGUUUCCGAUUCAAGCGUCAAUCGAUUCGAGCGAAAGAUUUCUCAAGAAAACCAGUCAACGAAACGAUUGAAGCCCCACCGAAACGUUCAACCGCGACCAGUGAAAAGUCAAAGAAAAUGGUUGCACGUACUGAGGAUGAACAACGUUUGGCCACUAUUGAUCGUGAAGCGAGUUUUGCUCGUCGUUGUGCACAAUGCUACAGUGACAUAAUGAUGCUUGAAAGUAAUCUUCAAUGGGAAGCGUUGGACUUUUGCAAUGAAGCCUGUUUGGGUCAAUAUCAACAAGCAAUUGGUGCUGCAUGUCAAUCAUGUCAAAAUGCCGUUUCGGUUGCCAGCAUGGGAAAAUAUUGCGUUCGAUUUGGUUUUGAGCUACGCCAAUUUUGCCGGUCGGCAUGUUUGGAUGCCUUCAAAAAAGGACUGAAAGUGUGCUCAUACUGUCAAUUGGAUAUCACGAAAAACGAUGAGUACCUAGCACCAAUCAAUGGCCAAUUCAAAGAUUUUUGCUCGAGGAAAUGUUCGCGAUCGUAUGAGCAAAUUUUCAGCAACAAAAAACAUAUAACCAAAACAUGCGCCGUGUGUAAUAAUUCAAAAGCAGUUCGCGUUGAAGUCGUUGUCGAUUCAAAUAUUCACUAUUUUUGUUCGAAUCCAUGCUUUUCAGCAUUUAGUUUUGUGAAUAAUGUGAAUCCAGAUUGUUGUGCAAUGUGUCGAAAAUAUUUUGAACGGAAAUCAUCAAAUGCUCAUACGAUUUACGGGCAGGGCAACGAUGCAAAAUUAUUUUGUUCAAAAAUUUGCAUGAACAUUUACAUAAUAUCAAAUCGUCAAAUUGCACCGUGCCAAUGGUGUAAAGUGCGAAAAUAUAAUUUUGAUAUGAUACAAAAAGUGUCUGCACAAAAUGGUACAAUGAUGCUAUGUUCAAUCAAUUGUUUAUCGAUGUGCGAGGUCUCAAUGAAUGCCAUUGCAAUGAAACAGCUAAAAUGUGAUCAGUGUAAUUCGGUGACAACGCCACAAUAUCAUUUAACAAUGAGUGAUGCAUCGAUGCGAAAUUUCUGUACUUAUCAAUGUGUCAUGGCGUUUCAGUCUCAAUUCAGUAGAGCUCCACUUACGUUGGAGAGCGAGGUUGGUGAUCAACGAACACAACCCGUACCAACUGGUUUACCAAAACGAAUCAGAUCACAGCAGCAACAAAAACAGAAACAAUCAACCCAAUCACAAGUAAAAGGUAAAAGUAAAUCAUCAACAAAUGCUAGAAAAACCAACAGCUAUCAGUCUGGAAAGCAGCCGGCAGCAAGUAAUACAUUGGUUAUUGCUAGUGUAACUUCGUUGGCACCAACACGUAGUACACGUGGCCGCAGCAGUCAGGCGCAAAACAGUUCAUUGAACGAAUUGAAUCGUUUGCAACCGGUUGUUGAGCUUGAACCACUUCCAGAAACAGUAAUUGAAAAGACAACAAGGUCCGUUGGUAGACCGCGAAUUCAGCCGGUCGAACCACCAGCAUCAGCAGCACCUGCACCACAGGUUCGUGUCGAAAGACAAACACAAAUCGUGACAAUUCCACCGUUGCCGAAAAAAGUGGCAAAUGUUGCAACGUUGUGUGCACCAUCUACGCAUAAUAAAGAAAUACAAGCACGGCCCAUGCAAUUCACUGUCGGUUGUCAAACAGAUGAUUUCUUGGAACAAAAAAUGGUCAUACCCAUUCCAGUGCCGAUAUACCUUCCAUCACCACUGCCGAUGUACGCUCAGCCGUUCCCUGUGCCCGUGCCAAUACCUCUGCCUAUUCCAGUGCCAGUUUUUAUUCCAACAACAAGAAAUUCCGCGAAUGGCAUUAUGAAAGAAAUCAAAAAGAUUCAAGACAAAAUGCCAGCAGAUCCAUUUGAAGCAGAACUAUUGAUGAUGGCAGAAAUGGUGGCCGGUGAUAAAAAGAAAGAAGAUGACACCGAUAGUUCAGAAGAAGAGAAUGAGUAUCCAACUGAAGACAUGCCGGGUAAUAAUUUUGGCGAGGAUAUCAUGCAAAUGGCAUUAAAAAUGGCCACCGAAUACGAUCCAGCCGGUGUUGAUCUUGAAGCAUCGAUGCAGGCAAAUACAAUAACACCACAUUCACAUCCUGGUAUGCAGGGUCACGAUAUGAUGCACAACCAUCAGCACAAUCAAAUGAUGAUGAUGGAAGAGCAACAAAGACCAACACGAAAGCGGGGACCAGCGCCGCGAGCACAACGCCAACCGGCAAGCAAGCGGCCACGAAGAGGUGUCGUUCAAGAGCCACCACCACCGGAACCAACAAGGGAACCAAUUGAAAAAGCCGACGCAAAUAUGUGCUUAAAAUUCACAUUCGGUGUAAAUGCGUGGAAGCAAUGGGUGAUUACGAAAAAUUCUGAAUUGGAAAAGAGUUCAAUGCGAAGGAAACUUUUUAAAACUGAACUACUUCAAUUGACCGCCGACGAAUUGAACUAUUCAUUGUGCUUAUUUGUUAAGGAAGUGCGAAAACCAAAUGGCAGUGAAUAUGCACCAGAUACAAUAUACUAUUUGGUGUUAGGCAUACAAGAGUAUCUCUAUGAGAAUGGUCGCAUUGAUAACAUUUUCACAGAUCCAUAUUAUGAACGAUUCACCGAUUGUUUGGAUGAAGUAGCCAAAAAGUUUUCGGUACUCUAUAAUGAUUCACAAUAUAUUGUUACACGGGUUGAAGAAGAGCAUCUAUGGGAGUGCAAGCAAUUGGGUGCACAUUCACCGCACGUCCUAUUAAGCACACUGAUGUUUUUCAAUACAAAACAUUUUAAUCUAACGACCGUCGAAGAACACAUGCAAUUAUCAUUUUCGCACAUCAUGAAGCAUUGGAAACGUAAUCCAAAUCAAGGUUCAGCCAAAAUGGCCGGCUCAAGGAAUGUUUUACUUCGAUUCUAUCCACCACAAUCUUCACUAAUAGACAAUUCACGAAAGAAGAAAGUCUAUGAACAGCAAGAAAAUGAAGAGAAUCCUUUAAGAUGUCCUGUUAAAUUAUACGAAUUCUACUUGUCCAAAUGUCCGGAAAGUGUAAAAACGCGUAACGAUGUAUUUUAUUUGUUGCCGGAGAGAUCAUGCGUACCAGACUCACCCGUUUGGUAUUCAACACAAGCUUUGGGCAAAGAUGCUCUUGCCAAAAUGUUACAUCGCGUGAAAAUGGUUAAAGAAAUAAAUAUUGCAUUGCUAACAAGUUAAACGAAAUCGAAAACAAUCAACACGUAGUAAUCAGACGGAUAGUAUGUAGAGUCAUACUUUCGUUCAUUUUUCGUCAAUCAUUCAAACACACACACACAUACCACCAUCACUUUGAACAAUAAGAUUUUGAACAUAAAAUAAGUUGUAUCCACAAUGAGAAGAACAGUCAAAAUUGACGCAAAAAGUAAGCAACACACGAAUAAAUAAGACGUUUACAAAAUACCAUUCGCCACUUAUUGGAUCAUUGGAUCGCCAUUUAACCAAUUACAUUUACAUUUUAUGCAUUAAAAUCAUCAUUUUAUUACUGCUAUUCAUAAUCAACAAAACUACGAGCAAACAAAAGAUCUUUUUUUAUUUUGAUUAAUGGCAAAUCAAAAAGAAAUAUUUUCGUUUAAAAAUUCAGUAUAGAUAACACAUAAUUUGAUUGUAUUUUUUUCAUUGUGUAACCUAUUUACAAUUUACCUUAUUGACAAAUUAUUCGGAACUAUCAAACAUUUUAUUUUUCAAAAGUGGUAUUUUGAACAAUUCUAAUUUGGGAUUUUAUUCUGAUCUAUCCAUCAUCCGUUAAAAAUAUUUGCAUAUUGGAACAAAAAUGCCACUUGAUGAAAAUAUAUGGAUUUCUUUGAGAAAAAAAAAAUUUGAAAUAUUUUUGAAGUAUUCCGAACAUUGUGUCAGUAAGGUUUCUCUGAGAUUUUAUUCCCAUUUAUUUGUGAAAUAAAACUUUAAGUAAGAUUAUUUUAAAUAGAAUUGAAAAUAUGUAUAAAAGAAGUCAUUGAAACUCAAAUAAAUGUAAAUCAUAAUUUGGAUUAAAGCAAAUCAA